GUCAUAAUCAGUAUGUGCUAGAGAAGUUAAGGAAUGGUUCAAGAAGUCAUAAAUAUACUAUUUACCAGAAAGAAGAAAUUCCAGAAAUUUUUCACUAUCGCAACAACCGCAGGGUCAUGCCAAUAUUGGCUGUGGCUGAUCUGGGAUGGGGCUUUAUUGUGGAGAAUGAAACUGUCAGUAAAGUGGGAGGACAACAUGGUUAUAAUAACAGCAUUCCAGAGAUGUGGCCCAUAUUUAUUGCCCACGGACCAGUAUUCCAACAUAAUUAUACCAUGGGUUCAUUUUUUAACGUAGAUCUAUAUCCUUUGAUGUGCCACGUAUUAGGUGUUCAGUGUUCACAAGCAAUUAAUGGCUCUUUAAUGAAUGUCUGGAACAUGUUAAAUUCAAAUUCUGUAAUUAUAAGGAAGUCUUCUCUACCAACAAUAUGGAUAAUAGGUAUUGUUGCUCUCCUAAGUUUUUGCAUCAUUGGUGGUUUAAUUAUUAUAGUAAUCACAACAAAAAGGAAAACUGUGACAAAGUUGGAAUUUGACAUGACACCAAUGACAUCGACCACAAUAAGGACAGACAGAAAUAAUUCCUCAAUAGAAGAGCAGCAGCAACUAUUACUAGAUCCUGUGUUUGAUGAUUAAAAAUUUUCUAAUGAUUCCAUAUUUUUCUAAAAAAUAAAUGUUGAUAAAUAAUUUAAGUCAGUGUUGAAUCCAAGAGUGUCCUUAGGAGAUUUCUGGACAACAGUCUUUCCUGGAACAAAUAUUGUAACUAUCAAUUAUUGCAUUUUUAUCUAGGAAAGCUUGUUAAAAUCAGUAUUGAUAUAUGUUAAGUUUUAAACUACUAUUUAAUGUUGAGUGUGGUGACAAUUGAUUAAAAGAGCAAUUAAAAAGUGAUAUUAAUUAUUUACUAAAUGAAUAUAUAUAAUAGAUUUGGGGAUAAUCUGUAGAACAAUGAUUCCAAUCUUAAAGCUUACACAUCUUAUUCCUGGAUAAUAUUGAAUGUAUUGCUGUAAUUUGUCUGUACUAAAGUUUUCCUUCAAAAGAUUGGGACACUUUUAACUGAUUAAUUGUCAACAUGUGAUGAAUUGGCAAUUUGGUUGUAUGAUGAAAUAUCAGUUUGUUGCCAUGAAUUAUCUGGCUUGGAUCUGAUUCAGACUUUUGAUUUUUCAUGGGUGAUAGGGGUCAGUAUAUUCAUUUCCUGUCCUUCACCAUUGCAGGUCAUGUAGCCCAAAUAGUUCAUAGUGUGCUAGUGUUUGCAUUAACCAGUCAAUUAGUCAACAUUUAUUGAUAUGCUAUCUCAGAAUCAGACACACAAAAAAGAGAGAGAUCCUAGCAUUACAAUAGCCAUAUAUUGAAACAUAAACAUAACAUGUAACACACGCGCACACACACACACACACACACCUAAAACAUUACAAUAUGUUAGAAUGUGAUUGUAUGAUAUAUUUUUGAUGUUUUUAUUAUUUGACAUACUUUACAGCUAUAUACCAAAUUACCAAAUUAUGUGAUUUAUGUUGUGCUAUACAGUUACAGAACAUAAUAAAAUCAUUCAAUAUUAAAUAAAUUAUAUUAUUUCACAAAUAGUAAUAUGUUUGUUUAUUUUUUGAUACAAAGUUUUGUCAAGGCACUUUACCCUGCUAGAUAUGUAAGGUAACCCUCAAAUAAUGCAAUAGUUAGGUUUCACAAAAAUAUUGUUAUAAAAAUUGUUAUGCAAGAUUCACAUUAUAUAUAAAAGUGGGUUUAUGUUUUAAACAAUUUUUUAAAUACAAAUUUUAUAUAUCUUCAGAAAAAAACAGCUUUAUUUCAUUCAGAAAAUUUUAUUUAACAAAACAUGAAUUAUGAGAUGAAAAUAAACUUACUAAAUUUGUAAAAUAUGAUUUUUAUCACUCAGGAUUGAUAUGCACUUACUGUAUGUCUUUAACUAACUUGUUCACACUUAUUACGUAAUUAAAUGCUAUUUUCAAGAAUGCAACUGAAAAAUAAAAAGAAAAUUAUAAGCAGCAUGCAGCUUACACAAAAUGUCAAAGGAAAUUUCUGGCCUAUAAAAUUUUUUAUUAGCACAGAAUAGUAUUUUACAUUUUUUUAACAAGAUUGUCAUGAAAAUGAAAAGCUUUCAUAAUUACAGAGAAAAGCUCUCUCUGUAUAGGGGAAAAUUGCACAAUCUACAUUGGCAAAGUAUAUUAUAAUAACUGAAAGAACAUUUACUAGAAUAAGAUAAACAGAUGAUUUCAUACAAACUCUUAUCUAAAUUGCAGUUUAUAAGUGCUGCAUUAUACAAGGAUUGCUACAAUUUGUGAAUUGCAUUGUAUAAUUAUCAAGUUAUUCAAGGUUUACCUAUAUUUGUAUCUUUAGAACAUGAUAUUUAUCAGAUGUCAAUGAGCCAUAGUCACACAAGUGUCUGCAUUUAAUUGAAGUAAUAAUAAUCAUUUGGGCAGAAUACAAUAUAUAUAUCUUAUAUAAUAUCAAUAUAUAUCUAAAUUAUUGUAAUUGAGAUUGUGAUUAUUAUAUUGAGAUUUGAAAUUCUUUAUCAUACAAAACUUACAUAUCUGAUUAACAACAGAAUGAGAUUGAAAUUUUAUGCUAAUACUUAUUUUAAAAAAUAUAUC